AUGACCACCUCCAACCCCUCCCAUCUCCUCCUAAACCGCAACCCCCGCUCACCGGCGCACCCCCAACUCGUCCAGACCGCACUCUACGCCCCUUCCCCAACCCCUGGCCCCGCGGCGCACCUCUUCUCUUUCGGUACCCCACCCCCAUCCGAGCUCCACCACGUACGGAGUCAGAGCACACCCGCCCUCUCGUUCCCCGACACAGGUAGCGAAUGCGGCGACGACGAAGUCGUCGUGCAUCCCACGUUCUGGCGCGAUGCGACAUUACCGGGCCGCGUAAAGGUCGUCGUGGGGCGGUACGAGUUCUGGUGCCACAAGGAGGUUCUGUGGUUUGCCAGCCCCUUCUUCAGCGCGUGCUUGCAGGGAAGUUGGGCCGAGACCGAGGUCGCUGAACCAUGCUUUCCAGCUGCCUCACCCGAUGAUGGGCGACCAGAUAGCAUGCAGUUGGACCCACCUCAUGGAGAUGCGCCUAGCCAUGAGGGCGAGGGCGAGGGCAAGACGAGCGUCUACCUCGACGCGGUGGACCAUGGGGUCGCCGACAUCAUGCGCGAACUACGUGAGCUCCCCGAUCCAUCUGGGAACGCUCUGGAAACACUGGUCGAAGGAGAGAGUCUGCGGCGCGCGGAACGAGCAACCGAAGGGAAGGAGGAAAAGGGCGAUGAGCUGAAGCGGAUUGCGGAUCACCGACGGGAAGAGAAGCAAGGAGAAGACUCAAGGAGCCUCAAGGGGCUCGACUUGGCCGGGCAUAAGCCGGAGAGGACGAGGGACAGUAUUACCAAGCUCGAGCUUGACCUCGCACGGCACGCUAAGCGUACUUCGGCCUCGAGUCUUAACCUCGCGCGUCGACGAACACACAGUGCGGGGCGGGAGCGGAGACGCCAUGAGAGACAUGAUGCGCUCAUUGAGUUGCCAGAGGACAGUCCAGCGGCGUUCCAGGACUUCCUCUUCUGGGCCUACCCCCAUCUCGAGUGCAAGGUGACGUGGACUAACGUGGCGCGUGUCCUCGCUCUCUCGUCCAAACUCAUCGUCCCGGCACUGCAGACACUCUGCGAGCGCUUCCUACUCACACACGCCUCGGGACGGCCAGUAGAGGCGCUCGCGCUCGCAGAGAAGCAUGAGAACAGCGAGCUGUACCGCGAGGCGAGCCGCUUUGUACUCGACCAGGCGUCAUGGGACGCAGACGAAUUUGAAAGCCUCUCGGAUCAGACACAGAUUAAGCUUUCCAGACGCCGGAUGUGGUUCUUGGAGCGUUUGCUCAAGCUGGGGACGAUUGACGUGAAGAAGGAGUACGUCUGUCGACCCGACUGCCCCGAUCAAUCACGAUGCCAGGCUCAACUGGACGAGAAGUGGCGACAAGCAAACACUGCGGUGUCGCGGUACGGCCCACCACAGCCGUCGGUUGCAUUCCGCUGUCUCCGGCAGCUCGAGGGGUUCCCAACCAACCCCGCCCUCAUCAUGCAGCACCCGCUAUGCCAGAGUAGCGCGAAGAGCUGGGUCGCUAGCUUGUUUGACCGCAUGUUCCAGCUCAAGGCGAUUAGCGUGCGCACCCCCGGAACGGAAAAGUACUGGAUGUUCAUUACGAUGAAUUGA